GUUUAGGCACUACAUCCAAAACAUGAAAGCCGUAUCGAGGAUAGCGGUUUUAGCCUUCCUGGCUCUAUCGGCAGUACCCGGAGACAGUACUACUGAUAAGAAGUCCACUAAACGUAGUGUCAUAGGUUCACCACUAGGAUACGGAUAUGGAUACGCCGGCAUCCCAUCCGGAGAUUUUGGAGUUGCUGGUAUUGCUGGGCUAGCGAAAACGUACGAAUAUGGAUUGGCCGAUAGCGCUAUCGCUGGUAGUGGAUUGGCAAGCGGAAUAGCACACUCUGGUUCAGUGUACGCUGGCGCCGUCCCCCAUACCCACCAGUACCGGCACAGUACCCAGGAGCACCAUGUAUCUCUGCCCCAUCCAGUCCCAGUACCAAUCACCAGGACAGUGAGCGUGCCCCAGCCUAUCCCAGUUGACGUCCCGCACCCAGUGCCCGUCCCUGUGCACACACCUGUCCCUGUGGACGUACCCAGGCCGUACCACGUUUCCGUACCACAGCCUGUGCCCGUUCCAGUACAUACACCUGUUCCAGUAGAUGUACCUAGGCCAUAUCCAGUUGAGGUGACCAGGACUGUUCCUGUCGAAGUCAGCAGGCCAGUCUACAUUAAGGAAAGACAUCCAGUCCCAGUGCCCGUACCUCAAGCAGUUCCAGUAGAAGUACCAACUCCAGUAGCUGUCAGAGUGCCACAGCCAAUCACAGUCCACGUUCCUCAAGUUGUCAAGACUGUAUCAGUGUCUGGUGACCCGCAUGCUUUAGGUCAUGCCUUUGGACGGUUGGGACACCACGUUUACGCAGAUGCAGGGGCCACCAGUGGUGCCCUGGCAACGGGUUACGGCGGAGCUUUGGCAUCUGGAUAUGGUAACGCUUUCAGCACAGGUGAAUUGUACAAGACUGGGGGCAUCAGCGCUUACUCCUCAGCUUCAGCAGCAGCUGACCUUUCCUCCAGCUACGGUGGUAGCUACGGAUACGGUGGAUCUGCUACAAGCGGAGGCUUGCUGAGCUCUUACAUCCCCAGCUCUAUCGGAGGCUACAACUCUAUCCACGCCAAAACCUCUUACUGAUCGAAUUAAGCACACCGUGAAUGUUGAAGCCAUAUGCAUUUAGGAGAAUUGUUGUGUAUUUAUUUCAUUCAUAGCAUGUCACACGUAUACUGGGUCGCAAGUUAUAACGAUUGUCCAUGAUGAAAAUGCAAUAAAACUAUUUGUAAG